ACAUUCACUGACUGAUCACAUUCACACCACGACCGUGUGAAGCGCCAAUGAGUGUGCAUGUGGGCAUGUGGGUUCAUGCAAUUCCGCUAGUCUGUAAUCUGUAAGGUUCUGUUUGCUUUAUGGUUUAUGCUGUGUGGUUGUGACAUUUGAUUAGCACUGUUUGUUUUUUAAGUUUAGUGCUUUUUAAUUUUUAUGACACCGAGAAUGCCAGAAGUCGAAGACGAGAACGAAGAAAGGACGAUCGUCAUCAAGGCGAAUCCGGCAAGGAAAGUGUUCAGGCCUUUGACAAAGACGUUGAACAAAAUCCCAGACGAUAUAUUGAACAAUUUCGACCUGAACGAGUCUAUAAAGUCCCUCCCGUCGAAUUACAACUUCGAAGUGCACAAGACGGUCUGGAGGAUAAAGUCCCUCGAGGCGAAAAGGGUCGCCCUGCAGAUGCCGGAAGGGCUGCUGCCCUUUUCGACAAGGCUGUGCGACAUUAUAGAACGAUUCACCGAAGCGGACACCGUGAUAAUGGGCGAUGUGACUUACGGCGCUUGCUGCGUCGACGACUACACUGCGACAGCCUUGAACGUAGACCUUCUCGUACAUUACGGACACUCUUGCCUUGUACCGGUGGAUCGGAUGGAAAAUAUUAAAGUGCUGUAUGUAUUCGUCGACAUCAAAGUUGAUGGAGCUCACUUUAUCGACACGAUCAAACACAACUUUUCAAAAGAAGAUAAACUGUGUUUUACAAGCACCGUGCAGUUCAUCACUACGUUACACGCAGCGGCUUCUGCUCUUAACAAGGAUGGCUAUGAUAUUACGAUACCUCAGAGUAAACCGCUGUCAAGGGGUGAAAUUCUAGGCUGCACCGCUCCUACGGUGCGAGACGUAGACGUGCUCAUAUAUCUUGGCGAUGGGCGUUUUCACCUUGAAGCAGCCAUGAUCGCCAACCCCAACCUUAGAGCAUUCAGGUAUGAUCCUUAUGAGAAAAAACUAACGGAAGAAUGGUACAAUCAUGCAGCGCUGUACGAAGGAAGACGGUUGGCGAUUAAUAAAUCAAAAGAGUCUUCAGUCUUUGGGUUGAUCCUGGGAACCCUAGGUCGUCAAGGAAAUCCGAAUGUUAUGAAUAAUUUCAAAUGUCAGCUGGCAAAAAGUGGGAAAUCUUUCGUCAUCGUCCUUUUAUCCGAAAUAUAUCCGGACAAGUUGAAAAUGUUCAAGAACGUCGAUAGCUGGAUUCAAAUUGCCUGUCCGAGACUGUCGAUAGACUGGGGAUCUCAGUUCCCAACGCCGUUGCUGUCGCCGUGGGAAGCGGCUGUCGCUUUGGGACAGACCGAGUGGGACGCGGCUAACAAAUCGGGCUUACUCAUGGACUUUUACUCGAACGAGAGCCUCGGGCCUUGGACGCCCAACUUCAAAAAAGAGUGCUGCGGAAAAGGAUGCAAAAACUGACUUUUUUCCUAUGUUCGCCUCACUUGUGAAUACUUCAGUAAAUAAAUUAUUGUUGUUAUGUUUUUGCUUAUAAUAA